AUAUGAUAUACGUUUGUGGAAACCAGUACUAUAUAUAUACUCUAUAUAUAUAGAGAGAGAGAGAGAGGAAGAUAAUCCUCAAAGAGAAACUCAAAAGUGUAUAGAUAUGGGAAAGUUGAAGUAUGAGCCUUUAUUCGAGACCAAGAAAGCAAAGGGCGGGAUAUUAUAUAGUAGGAUAUUUGCAACUUCUCUUUUCUGUGGGAUUAUUUUGAUUUGGAUUUAUAGACUAUGUAAUAUACCAAAACCAGGUGAAAAUGGUAGAUAUGGUUGGAUUGGAAUGUUUGGAGCUGAAAUAUGGUUCGGUUUUUACUGGCUCCUCACUCAGUCUCUUCGUUGGAAUAGAGUUCAUCGUCACACAUUUCAAGACAGGCUGUGUUGUCCAUGGAACAGGUAUGAGAAUGAGUUGCCAAGAGUAGAUGUAUUUGUGUGCACAGCUGAUCCUGCAAUAGAGCCACCAAUUAUGGUGAUAAAUACAGUUUUAUCAGUCAUGGCAUACAAUUUUCCACCAGAAAAACUCAAUGUUUAUUUCUCAGAUGAUGCUGGCUCUAAGCUUACCUUUUACGCCUUGCUAGAAGCUUCUCGCUUAGCAAAGCAUUGGCUUCCUUAUUGCAAGAAAUUCAACGUUGAGCCGAGAUCCCCUGCUGCCUAUUUUACGUCUUUGUCCGUAUCGGAUCAAUCCGAUGCAGAUUUUUCCGAAAUAAAGAGGCUAUACAAGGACAUGGCAAACAGAAUUGAAGUCGCAUGCAGGGUUGGAACAGUCUCAGAUCAAGCAAAAUUAGAAUACACAGGAUUUUCCAAGUGGGGUUCGUAUUCAUCCAAGAAAAACCAUGCUGCUAUCUUGCAGAUACUAAUUGACAGCAGAGACGAAGAGACAAAGAACAUUGACGGGGUAAGACUGCCAACUUUGGUCUACUUGGCUCAGGAGAAGCAUCCUCAGCACUUCCAUAAUUUCAAAGCCGGGGCAAUGAAUGCAUUGAUCAGGGUGUCCUCAGAGAUCAGCAAUGGGCCAGUAAUUCUGAAUGUAGAUUGUGAUAUGUACUCGAACAACUCAAGCUCGAUUCAAGAUGCUCUUUGCUUCUUUAUGGAUGAAGAAAGAAGUCAUGAAAUUGCAUUCGUGCAAUUUCCACAAUCUUUCGAAAAUACCACUAAAAACGAAGUUUAUGGUUCUCUACGAGUAAUUGAUGAGAUCAGUGCAUCUCUAGUUAUUCAAUGUGUCGAAUUCCAUGGUGUGGAUGGUUACGGAGGCUCUUUGUAUACUGGAACUGGCUGCUUUCAUAGGAGAGAUACCCUUUAUGGUAGAGAGUUUAGCAAGGAAGCUAGGAUUGAUUUGAAGAGUGCAUGUCCUGAAAAGACGGAAAAAAAUGUGCACGAGUUGGAAGAAAGACUAGAAAGAUCAGCGAGUUCCACGUACGAGCAAAACACUCAAUGGGGAAAUGAGAUUGGAUUGAAGUACGGUACCGGGUUGACAAUUCAGUGUAAAGGUUGGAAAUCCGUUUAUCAUCGUCCGCAAAGGAAGGCUUUUUUAGGGCUUACUGCAACAACUUUGGAUCAGAUAUUAGUGCAGCAUAAGAGAUGGUCCGAGGGUUUAAUGAUUCUGCUUUUGACGUAUAGCCCUGUUCGGCAUGGACUUGGAAAGCUCAAUCCCGGCCUUGUGCUCGGGUAUCUCACUUACUGCCUAUGGUCUCCGAAUUGCUUGGCGACGCUCUACUACUCUACUGUCCCUUCGCUUUAUCUACUCAAAGGAAUUUCCUUGUUUCCAGAGGUCUCCAGUAAAUGGUUCGCGCCAUUUGCUUACAUGAUAAUUACAGAACUAAUAUAUACUUUCACUGAGUUUCUAUGGAGCGGCGGAACUAUUUUGGGAUGGUGGAAUGAACAAAGCAUGUGGCUUUACCAGACAACAAGCUCCUACAUAUUUGCCUUUCUUGAUACAAUGUUGAAGUUAUUUGGUUCUUCCAAUACAACAUUCAUAGCAACUCCAAAAGUCACUGAUGAAGAUGUGUUGUUGAGAUACAAACAAGAGAAAAUGGAAUUUGGAAGUGCUUCACCUAUGCUUACGAUUUUGUCAACACUUGCAAUGCUCAAUCUUUUUUGCCUUGUGGGGUUAGUGAAAGAACUGAUAAAAACAAGAGAAGUGGGAUUGAAAUUUUCAUUUGAAACUUUGGCUUUGCAAAUUUUGCUUUAUGGGGUUCUGGUUUUUGUUAACUUGCCUUUGCAUAAUGGUCUCUUCUUUAGGCAAGACAAGGGGAAAAUACCUAGCUCUACUGCAGUUCAGUCAGUUGUUUUUGCACUUUCUGUUUGCACAUGUAUUGCAUAUAUGUAUUAGUAGUACUAUAAAUUUUGGAUCUUUUCAGGAACAAUGUAUAAUUUUGGGAUCAUGAGAUGAAAUGCUCCUUCUUUAGAUCCUUA